CCCAGGUUGGGGGAAACGCGACUGCCCCGGCCCUGUGAUGUCGCGUUUCUCCGCGCUGUUGCCCCUCGUCCUACCCGGGCUUUGACACCUUUGGGGCGUCGAAGGGGUUAGGGGGAGCGCGGGGCUGAGGCGGGAACCUCCACUGGAUCCUCCGCAGGAUCUUGGUCUGUGGGGUGAUCGUGAGAAGACUAAGUGUCUUCAUGACAUUGUCUUUCUUUCUCUCGUGCUAUACACAAACUGCACUCACUACAACUCUGGUAUAGGAGUUCUUCACAAAUCACUUGCUUGGUUUGCCAUCCCUUCAGAAGAGAAUUGGAUGCAACUAUUCCAGCCUUGCUGUUGCACAAGUCUGUAAGUGGAUUAUCAAGUUGGCUUGAAAAAAAGAAAAUAAAGACAAAACAACCCAGCAGAAGAUGUUUCAUGUUUGUCAGUAUUGGCCUUUAAGACUAAUCACCCAAAACAGUGUUUCAAGCAUGUAUUUAAAACUCAUGCUUUCAAGACCUGUUGCAUUUGCACAGAUACGGAAGUCAUGGUUCUCAAGCCAUCCUCUUGUUGGAAACAAAAAUAUUAUCCUGAUGGGACCUCCAGGUGCUGGGAAAACAACGGUUGGGAGAAUAGUAGGUCAGAAACUAGAUUGCCCUGUCAUAGACAUAGAUGAUGAUGUCCUUGAAACAACCUGGAAUAUGAGCGUGUCAGAAAAACUGCAGGAUGUUGGUAAUGAGCAAUUUUUAGAGGAGGAAGGAAAAGCCCUGUUGAAGUUUUCAGCAUCUGGAAGUGUCAUUUCCCUUACUGGGUCCAAUCCAAUGCAUUCUGCUGGCAUGCAGCAUAUGAAGAAAAACGGAAUAGUUGUAUAUCUGGAUGUGCCCACAACAGUCAUUAUGAGCAGGCUGAAAUCAGUGGCAGUGGAUCGCAUUGUGGGCCAGUCUGCUGGUGUUUCUCUCAAGGACAUACUUCAGUUCAGGAAGCAGUUCUACAAAAGGUGGUACGACAUCCGUGUUCUUUGUGGAGGGGAUAAUGCAGCAGAGGUUGUAGCAGAAAAGGUGCUUGAUGCUGUGAAGAGAUACCAAAACUCAGAACUGGAAACUUUCAUUUCGACUAGGUCUAGUAGGUCUGAAAGGAGUAUGGAGAAAAACUCUCGUAAAUACUUCAGUGACGUUGUUACUGAGGGCUUAGCCCCUGAUGGAGGACUCUUUGUUCCUGAGAGAGGACUUCCAAAAUUCACUGCUGGAGAAUGGCAAAGCCUAAUAGAAGCAACUUACAUUGAAAGAGCCCAGGUGAUAUUAGAAGGAUGCGUACAUCCUGCUGAUAUUCCUGCUUCUAAGCUGGCAGAAAUUAUUGAAACUGCUUAUGGAGAAAACUUUACUUGUUCUAAAAUUGCCCCAGUUAGGCAUCUGGCAGGGAAUCAGUUUCUCCUUGAAUUAUUUCAUGGACCAACAGCAUCGUUUAAAGAUUUUGCAUUGCAGAUGGUGCCACAUAUAUUUGCAUACUGCAUUCCCAGAAGCUGCAAUUACUUGAUUCUGGUAGCUACUUCUGGUGAUACAGGGAGUGCUGUCCUAGAUGGCUUUAGUCGUCUCCAUGACACUGACAAACAGAGAAUUGCUGUGAUGAAUUUUUUUCCUGAGGAUGGAGUAAGCCCAAUUCAAAAAUCACAGAUGAUUGGCUGUCAGAAAGAAAAUGCCUGGUCAGUAGGCGUCAAAUCUGAUUUUGAUUUUUGCCAGGCAGCUAUAAAGCAAAUCUUUACUAAUUCUGAUUAUACUGGCUUUCUUACAGUAGAAUAUGGAACGGCUUUAGCUGCAGCAAACUCCAUAAACUGGGCACGACUGCUUCCUCAGAUAAUUUAUCAUGCCUCUGCAUACCUAGACCUUGUUCAUCAAGAUAUUAUUCCUUUUGGAAGCCCUGUAGAUGUUUGCGUUCCUACAGGAAACUUUGGCAACAUACUGGCUGCUUUGUAUGCUAAAAUGAUGGGAAUUCCUAUUAGAAAAUGUAUUUGUGCUUCCAAUGAAAAUAAUGUUUUGACUGACUUCAUAAGAACAGGUGUUUAUGAUUUGAGGGGAAGAAAAUUAAUUCCCACUCUUUCACCAGCAGUAGAUAUUUUGAAGUCCUCCAAUCUUGAGCGCUACUUGCACCUGAUUGCAAAUGAGGAUGGACAAUUGGUGACACAGUUAUAUAAGCAGCUGGAAAAACAGGGCCACUUCCAGCUACGGAAAGAUCUACUUGAAAAGCUUCAGCAGGACGUGGUGGCUGGGUGGUGCUCUGAGGAGGAGUGUCUAGCUGCCAUUCACUCUGUAUACAGUACUACAGGAUAUAUUUUGGAUACACACACAGCUGUUGCUAAAGUAGUCGCAGAUCGAUUACAAGACAGAACUUGCCCAAAUAUUAUUUCAUCUACGGCUCAUUAUUCUAAGUUUGCACCUGCUAUCUUGAGGGCCUUGAAGAUUGCAGAAAUAAAACAGAAUCCAUUAAGUCAGCUUCACUUGCUGAGUUCUUACAGCCCUCUGCCUCCGGUCCACCGGGGCCUAUUAGAGACCCUGAAAAAAAAGGGGAAUGAGGAUCACCGAGUCUGUGCUGCUGAUAUGAGUAUGCUGAUGUCCUGUAUAGAAACCUUAAUUCAAAAUCAUUUUAUGAAAGUUUUGAGUAAUUGAUCAGAUGUCCACUGUGUCAAUUGUGACACCUUCUUAACAAUCUGCAUGUUUUAAUAAGGUCAUGAUUCAUUUGGCUUGUGUCCAGGCCACAGCGUAACAGCCACAGUUUUACACUCAGUUAUCAAGUUUUGAAUGGUAUUUGUAAGUAACACUUGAGAGUUUUUGUAGAUGUCAUGUAGGGUUGUGAAUUGAGAGUGUAAAAGAUUGGAAUACUUUUUUGCAGGUCAUGCAUAGUAGAGACAGCAGUAAUGCUGGCUUUCCAUGGUAGUGCUGUCUUCUUCACAAGCCUGAAGCAUUCUCUGUGGAAGGAGGAAGAUAAUGAAGUCUGACUUUUCCGAAACUAAUAGCUCUUGUUUUGUUGCGAGAAUAAUAUGAUCAUUUGGUUAAUAGGUGAUUAGUUCAACUUUAACUAACCUCACUUAGAGCACUGAAAUAUGGUAAUGUAUUAUAAUGACGUUUGUGUGUUACUAAUGAGGGUUGAUUUCACUACAAAGUCUGAAGUAUACUUGUAUUGUUAAUCCUUGAACUAGUCAGUCUGGUGGUAUGUUAGAUUCUUGUAUAAUGUUUUUUAUGUAUUGUGAAGCUAGCAUUUAUAUAAAUCUGGUUAUUUUUCAGAUUUUUUUUUUUCUCCCAGAUAUUUUCCUGUGUAAAAUAAAAUCCUUAAUUUGAUAUUUUUAAUAA